GAAACCUAAACUUUGGGAUAAUUCAAUGGGAAGGUGAAGGCGAAGCAUGCCGCUGUAUUGAAAGGUCAAUAAAGACUCUUUUUGGGAUCUUAGUAUUCUUGAGGUUAAAUGAUACAGCCGGAAACUAUUUCUACACCGGAAGCGAUUUGUUGAACAGAAGAUGAUGUCAGACGCUAGUGAGAUGUUGGCAGCGGCCCUGGAGCAGAUGGAUGGGAUCAUUGCAGGCUCCAAGGCCAUUGAUUACUCCAACGGGCUGUUUGACUGCCAGUCGCCCACGUCUCCCUUCCUGGGCGGCUUCCGCGUGCUUCACCUGCUGGAGGACCUCAGAGCCGCGCUGGAGCUGAUGGACAACGAGGAGCGGGACAACCUGCGCUGUCAGAUCCCAGAUUCCACCGCAGAGGGGCUGGUGGAGUGGCUGCACGGACGGACACCCAACGUCCACGGCUCUGAGGCCGUCUACCAAGAACGUCUUUCACGGCUGGAGAGUGACAAAGAGUGUCUUAUUCUGCAGGUCAGUGUGUUGACAGACCAGGUGGAGGUGCAGGGAGAAAAGAUCCGGGACUUGGAUAAAAGUCUGGAGCUUCAUCGGGAGAAGCUGAAUGCUGCAGAGGAGCUGCUUCAGCAGGAGCUGCUAAACCGGACGGCGUUGGAGACCCAGAAGCUGGAGCUGAUGACCGAGGUGUCGAGUCUGAAGCUGAAGCUGGCCUCUUUGGAGAGAGAUCACAGGGGCAACGAAGGUUUGUACCAGGAAGUGACAGACCUGAGGUUCAGGCUGACAGACAUGGAGAAUGAAAGACUGCAGUGUGAGAAGAAACUAAAAGGAGCCAAAGAGGAGAUGCAGGAUCUGCAGAGGCAACUGGAGGAGCAAGACCAUGAGCUGAGGAGGCUGAAGGGAGAGACCCACCACAAAAUUGCAGGGGUAGAAAGAGAUACAGAGAUGGUGAAAAUAAAGAGGGUGUUGGAGCUGCUGACGUCAGAGAACGAUGAGAAGGAGAGAAGGAUUAAAGAGCUGGAGGAAUCACUGACGAAGUGCAGGAGAGUACAGGAGCUGGUCAGAGAGAAGCUGAAAGAAGACGACUACGCUGAUAUAACAGAUGAUCCCUUGCUUUCUCUGUCCAUGGAGGUGGAUCAGGUCACCCUGGAGCUUGAGGGGGAGGCAGGAAGGAGCUGCGAUGAGUCCAUACCAUGCAUAGCAGUGCUCUCUGAAAUGAAUGAACUGGACAGAGAACGACAGCUGCAAGCAGCGCAAAGCUCCUCAGAUGAUUCACAUGGUGACGGUUCAGCUGUAACUGGCAGCACUGAGCAGGUUAAGAACAAAUCAGGAACUGCUUCCUCUUCUAAGGGGAACACAAGUGACGGAAAUUUUGGCAGCAAGAAAGUUCGUGCUUCAUUUGGCCGUGGCUUUUUUAAACUGCGUGGCGGCAAACAGAUGGCCAGUUCGCCCAACCUGGCUGAGACUGAACGUAAAGGCACAGAUCACCUCGACCUCGCUGGUGUUCCUCCACAGAAACCCCACGAUGCGGCUCCUCUUCCGUCAUCUCCAGAAACCAAGAAGAAGUCAAGCGGGUUCAGGAAAUUCUUUGGCAGGUUAAAGAGAAGCCACUCCACCUCGUUUAACCUGGACGACGGAGCUGAGACGGAGUUCAGGAGGGGCGGAGUCAGAGCCACGGCCGGGCCUUGGCUCGGCUGGUCACGCGACUCAAAACACGUGGCCGUUGACGUUCCUUUAUCUCUGUGGAGGAAAGAGGAUGUUUGUGCCUGGCUACAGGAGCAGGGCCUCGGCUUGUACUCGGUUCAGGGUCAGAACUGGAUCAAAUCGGGACAAACGUUACUGCAGGCAUCACAACAUGAUCUGGAGAAGGAGUUGGGAAUGAAGCUGCCUCUCCACAGGAAGAAGCUGCAGCUUGCCCUGCAGACUCUUGGCUCAGAGGGCGAUGACCUUCAGGGCAAACUGGACCACAACUGGGUCACCAGAUGGCUGGAUGACAUCGGCCUCCCACAGUACAAGAGCAACUUCGAUGAAGCCCGAGUUGAUGGACGCAUGUUGCACUACAUGACAGUGGAAGACCUGCUGUCUCUGAAGGUCGGGAGUGUUCUUCAUCACCUCAGCAUCAAGAGAGCCAUCCAGGUUCUGCGUCUCAACUCCUAUGAACCCAACUGUCUGCGGCGCCGCCCUUCUGAUGAGAGCAACAUCACGCCGGCUGAGAUCUCUCGGUGGACCAACCACAGAGUGAUGGAGUGGCUGCGCUCCGUGGAUCUGGCAGAAUACGCGCCCAACCUUAGAGGGAGUGGAGUUCAUGGAGGACUGAUGGUGUUGGAGCCUCGAUUCAACGUGGAAGCGCUCGCCCUCCUGCUCAACAUUCCUCCCAGUAAAACCCUGCUGAGACGCCACCUGGCCACACACUUCCACCUGCUGGUCGGCUCAGAGGCGCAGCGCCUCAAACAGGAAUGUCUGGAAAACCCAGAUUACAGCGUCCUCACGGCAACCGCUAAGGUUAAGCCAAGACGUUCAUCUUUUGGUGGUUUUGGCUCUCUGAGGAGGAAACGUCAUGACGACGGAGAGGAUUACAUCUGUCCUAUGAACGUGGAGAUGCCGAAGAGCAGCAGCUUCCAGAGAAAAGUCUGUGUCUACGAAGAAACUCUGGACCACUUUGAGCAGAUGGAGGAUUCUGAAGGAACAGUCAGAGAGAUUGGAGCAUUUUCAGAGGGAAUCAACAACCUGACGAGCAUGCUGAAGGAAGAUGAGCUGUUCCAGGUGAUCUCAAUUUGUUCCUCCGAUGAUAAAACAGAAGCUCUCGACUCCUCCUGAGAAGCAGGUUACAUCUGACCAAAGUAUUUAGUCUCUAUACUGUGUUUAUUGAGGUUUCUCACAAUAUGCAUGAAAAUAGUUAUUUUGUUUGCAGUAGAGGAGGCUGAUUUGUUACAAUAAAUAAUGUAGGUUCAGCAGCUUCCUGUGGAGUAGUUCUGAGCAGUCAUUGUCUUACCUGCAAUAUAGAGUGAAGUUUUGAGAAUCAGGAAAAAAUUCAUCUUGGAGAAAUAAUCCUUGUAUUUCAGAAGUGAAUUGUGACUGUUCAUUGCUACUCCAAAGAAAAAUUAAACAUUUGUGCCACUGUAAGCUACAUUGAAGUUAAAGGGAUAGUACUGACUUUUUAAAAGUGAGCUUCUGUUAAACUCUAAGCAGUUGGAUGAAGUAAUUUUAAGACAGAACUUCUGUGUUAAAAUGACUGCAGUGUCAUGAGAAACGCAAGAUGCAUCUGCUUAAAGUUUAACAUACGUUCAUUUAAAAAUCCUGCACUGUCCCUUUAAGCCCAAAACUGUGAAGCAGGAAGUCACUAAGUGAGCAACUUGUAACCAAAGAACUGUUUUUGGAAGCUAAAUCUUUGAAUUUGAAUUGUUUUGGUAAUAAAAGUGAAGAAAUAAAUGUUUAAA